CUCUACUUUCCUUGCGUAUAUAUGUAUAAAAGUUAACUGUUCCUUUUUAAUGUGUGUAUUUCCGUGUUUAAGACGAAAAUGGAGGGAUUUUAGUCAUUACUGGAAGUCCUGGAAGUGGAAAAACUGUUCAUCUGGCUGCAUUAGCAAUGUCGUUGGCUACAAGUGAUCAUCAUUCUACUUUGAUGAGCUCGAAAGAUUAUGCUCGAUCAACAAGUACCACACGGAAACCAAUGUCAAACAGUCAAUCAUUGGCAAAUUAUCAAAUUUUAAUUCAUUUUACAAAUGGUAUACCGAGUACAGGUUUACCAUCAUGUAAACAAUUGUCUAAAGUGCUUGAUCAUUGGAUCAAAUGUCUAGCUGCCCAAUUACAGAGUUUAUUCAGUUCAUCAAAUAUUCUUAAAAUGUUUCUUUCGAAGAUCAAAGUUAAUUUGGAUAGCACAAAUACAGCAAACGAUCACCAUAAUCUGAAAUUGAAAAUACUUUGUUUUAAUAAAAUGAUAUGGUUUUUGGGUUGCAUACCUGGAUUGAAUUAUGCUUUUCUAAUUGACGAUGUAGACUAUCUUGAUCCGUUGAUAUUAGACGACUGGCUACCACCGGUCUUACCAAAAAAUGUUCAGUUUAUUUUCACAUGUCAUUCUAAUUCGGAAAUCAUACAAAAAUUAACAUGUCAAUAUAACAAAAACACUUGUUCAGUGUAUCAGAUACCUCAGUUGACUUCCGAAGAAUCUCGUGCUGUUAUAUUGUCUCAUUUACAUAAUAAUGGAGUGUCUUGUGUUCAUUCUCAAUUGGAAUAUGAGAUCGCUUUACUAAUUUCAGCUUGUGAGUCAAAUAAUCCAUCGUAUUUCAAUAUGGUUUGCAAAUAUCUACAAUUAUGUGGAAGUCAUGAUGAGGUGAAAUCUCAUCUGAAAAUGUUAUCUGGCACAAUUGAUCAGUUAAUAGAUGAGAUCAUUAAAAAUCUUGAAGUUGAAUAUAAAAAUGACUUGAUUAUUGCAACACUGGGCUUUUUAGUCUUCUGUCGUCACUCAUUGUCAAGUAAAGAACUUUUAAUUCUACUCAAUGAAUGGCUUUUUACUACACAAAAUAUCAAUGAAAAAUAUGAAAUGAAUUGGGAGAAUAAUCCAUGGAAAAUGCUUUCAGUCAUACAGGAUAAACCGAAUGAUUUAGAAUCUAUAUGUGCACUUGAAAGUAACAUUGACAGAUUUAUUCUGUCAAAAUGUACAAACAAUUUGUGUGCUUUAGACAAAUCAAAACGAUUACAUUUAACUCCACUUGCAUUUCAUAUUCUUCUCAGUAGAUUACGUCCGUUAAUGAUUAUUUUCAAUAAAUCAUUGCACUGUUUCAAUAGCACAUCCAAUGGCAGUAAUAGUAAUAAUAGUAAUGUUAUUUCAACUGAAAAGAUGACAUUGAAUAGGAAAAUUGAAUUAUGGAAUUUAGGUGCAGAGAAUUUAUCAUUUCUAAGUCACUCGAUUGAAGAAGUAGUAUUCAAUAAAUUUUUUGAAAAUCAUGGAAAUUAUAUGUACUCAGAGUAUACUUUUAAUGCUACUAUUCACAAAAUAUUGGCUGUUGUUUUGUCAGAUUUGGAUGAUAAACUUUAUCAUUUUUUGUAUGCUGAUGAAUUGGAUAUUAUUUGUCAUUUGCUCACAAGUCCCAUGUUUAUAUGCAGAAUUUUAAGUGAAUAUCCGUCAACAUUGAUGAGAUUUCUCAAUGGAUAUCCUACGACUGAUCGAUGUAUACAAGAAAAGUGGAAAAGGAAACUGGAAUUAUGUCCUUUUAUUGACAAAAUUGAUGCGAUGAAAACGUUUGUUUGUGUAAACUAUGAAUUUUUAGUAAAAUAUCCGAAUUCGUUUUGUGAAUUAGCUAUCAACCAAGAUUCCAGUGAAUGGAUCCAUAUGUUAGGCCUCUCAUUGUUGUAUCUUAAUGAUUUCAGUAUACAAAGGCAAUUAAACAUGAACAAUAGUCAAAUACUCUUCCGUGUAAAUUCACCAAAAUGCACAUUGAUCAAACCUAUGCAGAGGAAUAUGACAUAUAAACCAAUUGUGACUUCAAAUGGUUCCAUGGAUGUGCCAACGUCUGUGGAAAUGAAUUCAACUGCUAAAGUAUUGGUGUAUGGAACUAGGUGUGGUACGAUUACUUUCAUAGAAUUGUCCACUAUGCGUGAACUGUGGUCAUUAACUGGACACCGUUCAAGCGUUCAAAGUUUAUGUUUCCUUGACGGAUUCCCCAGUAAACCUGAAAACAUAAAAUCUCCCGAAAAGUUCAUUUCAGAACUUCGGUUAAUGAGUGCCUCAGAAGAUGGUGAUGUUUAUAUCUGGGAUGCGUCUACCGUGAUUCACAAUGUUGGGUCUAAAGUGCAUGACAAAACAGUGAUUUCACAAUUGGCAUCGUUAUGUGGAUAUCAUCGUCGAUGUGUAACUACUUCUGCAUGGCAUCCUAGACGUCGACUGGUUGCUACUGGUGAUUUAGACUGUAUGGUUUACUUAUGGGAUGUUUCAGAAAUUGAUGUUAAAUCCAGUGAUCUAUCGACAAGUGUCUGUUCUGUAAAGCUUCAUCCAGUUAAGUCAAUAAAUGUAUCCAGUUAUCCGAUUAUUUCAAUUGCAUUCCGAUUGCCAUCUGUUUUAAGCAAUGAACAAGAAUACUUAGUACAUGAUGAUUUGGCUAUAGGGUGUUGGGAUGGUACAAUACAUUUCUACAAUUUAUCUUCCUUAUCUAUCGUGAGGUCGCUAUCUGCAUCAACGUCACUUUGUUCACUCGCCUACUCACCAAAUGGAGGGAAUAUAUUAGCAACGUUUGAUAAAGAUGGUGUAUUAAUGCUGUGGAACGAUGACAUACUUUGGUAUCAAGGUGGUUUAAUACAAGAAUACUCUUGUUUUACAAUUGAAUAUUUUCCAUAUGAUCAAACUGAUCAAUUAAUUCCAAACCAAUAUGGGAAGAUAUGCUUUUCGAAACCAAAUGGUCAGUACAUUUUCCAGUCAGGUGGUGGCCAAUUUUUGAAUAAUUACAUUAAUAUAUGGGAUACUGGACUAUGGGGAACCUUUGGUCCAUGGAUUGAUGUAAAACCACCUCAAAUAGGUUCAGGAAAUCCUAUAUGUGUAACUUGUUUGACAAUAUUGCCUACUUACGAACAUGCUUUAAUAGGUUGGAGUAAUGGCGAUCUGACUGUUAUUCGUGUGUUUGACGGUAGAUUAAUUCAUUAUUUGAAAGCAGCAACAGAAGAUAAUUCGUCUAUCCAGUGUAUUACAAGUAGUUGUGCAAGAUCUUUUUCAGCAUAUGAUGCAUAUCAUAUUAUUGUUGGUUAUGCAUCUGGUGCUGUACGAAUAUUCCUAUGCAUUUUAAGACCAAAAGUUAGUCCAUACAAAGAUCGUUAUGUGUAUCAGUCGGCAAAUGCCAUGUCAGAGCUUCAAUUCCAACUCGUUGAUACUUUAUGGUCACAUUGUAUAAAUCAUAAUGUGAAUGGUGGAGUGCGGGAAAAUGAAGGGACAUUAUGUGUUGCAAGUGACUUCUGUGUAGCUGUUACUGGAGGUGGGAAUGCUGAGACAUGGGUUCAUUUUAUUGGUCGACAAACUGGUAGUAAAAUUAAGAAAUCUGUUUGCCUGAAAGAACACAAUUCUGCAGUAAUCGCUGUUAGUAUGGAUAGCAAAUUUUUUGCGACAGCUUCUAAAAGCAGACAAUUGGCGUUGUAUAAAUUCGAUCCAUUAGAACGAACUGUAACCUUAUGGCAUUUAAUCAAUGAUGUUGGAACAGCUCCAAUCACUUCUUUCCACUUAUUACGUAUGUUCCUUGGUGUGGACACAAUCAGUAUAUCGGUGUAUAUUGGUGAUAGUAAUAGUCUACUGCAUAAUUACGCAAUAAUUGAUAAAAAGUUCCAAUUGAAACAAACAUUUGAUGCAAAUAAAUCUCCUAUAAAAUUUAUGGAAUGUGUUUCGAAUCAUUUGUUAGCUGCUUCGGAUGAUGGUGAAGUUAGCGUCUGGAAGCAUGAUAAACAUGGUGCUUUGCAAUUCUCUCAUCGCCUCAAUGUCUGCACAGAUAUGCCGUCAAAGAAUCAUAGUAGUAAUAGCACUUUGGAAGGAUCAUAUUAUUUGACCAGCUUUUUCAUGUUCUUCUUUGGUUAUGAUUCCUUGAAAUGUAAGUGUUUUUAA